AAUAGAAAACAGGCUGCGCACUAAAUGGAAAAUGGCUUCCCCGAUGCAUUUGGCUGUGGGGAAAAGCAAGUUCGUGAACUCUGCCACGGGCCUGGAGGUGGAUGAUGGACCUAUUAGUCGAGUCCACGAGAUAAAGACGCCAAAAGUGGAUCGAGUGCUGCUGCGGCAGUACCACCAGACGAGAGAGUUCGUAACGGGCACCCUAUGCCUCACGGACAGACACCUCAUCUUUGUGGAGCCAACUGGAGCCCAGGAAACAUGGGUAGACCCCCUCGUUCUCUACCAUCAUAUCAGUGGUGUGGAGCGACAGUCGCUAACGACCAGGGGCUACCCCCUCGUCCUCUCCUGUAAGACCUUCCAGCAGCUCUACCUGAUCAUCCCCAGAGAAUCGGACAUAGUGGACAUUAUCGAGACCAUCCACAUGUUUGCACAGCCCAAGGUGUACAGUGAACUCUAUGCCUACCAGUACCGACCAGACUCAAGCACCCUCAAACAGAGCUCGGGGUGGAGUCUGUAUGAAGCUGAGUUUGAUUACAAGAGGAUGGGUAUACCCAAUGAGCUCUGGCAGGCCACCAAUCUCAACCACAGCUAUGAGCUGUGUGACACGUAUAGUCAUGAUCUCUAUGUUCCAGUGUGUGCUACAGAUGACAUUAUCAUGGGGAGUGCCAAAUUCCGUAGCAAAGGACGUCUUCCAAUCCUGUCCUACUACCACUCCCCCCAGCAGUCUGCACUGUGCCGAAGCAGUCAGCCUCUGGCUGGGCUGAUGGGCCGCUCACAAGAAGAUGAAGAGAUGAUUCAGUGUAUCCUCAAAGCCAGUCCCAACACCUCUACACUUCACGUCAUGGACACUAGACCCAGGGUCAUACCCCCUCUCCCCUCUCUCUACCCCUCUUUUCAAAGCCCAAAUUAACGAAUUAACUACCCUACACCUCCAUUUCCCUCUCCACUUAUUUAUUCCCCUUCCUUGUCCAUUGGUGUCCUGGCAGAUCAACGCCAUGGCAAACAGGGCGGCAGGGAAAGGCUACGAGGCGUCUGGCUACUACUCCAACACUGACUACCAGUUCUACAACAUCCACAACAUCCACGUCAUGAGAGAGAGUCUCCAGAAACUCAUUGAAGGCGUGCACACCCCUCACCAGACUGUGUCAGGCUUUCUCUCAUGUCUGGAGUCCUCCGGCUGGCUCCGACAUAUUCAGCUCAUCCUGGAGGCCUCUCUCUUCUCCUCCAGGUCACUCCAGGCAGGGUCCAGCGUCUUGGUCCACUGUUCCGAUGGCUGGGACAGAACGGCUCAGACCUGUGCCCUCACAUCUCUCUUCCUCGACCCCUACUACCACUCUCUCCAUGGAUUCAUGGUACUCAUAGAGAAGGAGUGGCUGUCGUGCGGACACAAGUUCUCCCAGAGAUGUGGACACACAGUGGUGGAGGAGAAGGAGACGUCUCCAAUCUUCACUCAGUUCCUGGACUGUGUGUGGCAGGUGGCUCAGCAGUUCCCCACCUCCUUCCAGUUCAACGAACACUUUCUGGUCACCCUCCACGACCACGCCCACUCCUGCCAGUUUGGGACCUUCAUUGGCAACUGCGAGAAGGAGAGGAUGGAGCAGAGGCUCUCAGAGAAGACCUUCUCUCUCUGGGGCCACAUUUGGGACCACCUGGACGAUUUCAUCAACCCUCUCUACCAGCGAGGAGAGACGAGAGAGGUCCUGGAGCCCUCUACCGACAUUCGCCACCUCAAGUUAUGGAGGGGUCUGUAUGGAAGGUACUUUCUCCACGACAGACUGAUGGAGAAGGAAGAGGAGCUGAUGGCCAGUCUUCACCAGCAGAACGCAUGCCUCCACGAACACAUUCUCUUCCUCUCUCAGUCUGUGAGUGCUCUCAAGUUGGGUUUGGAGAAACUGCACAGGAGACAAUCUUGUGCCAAUAUCUCUUCGGAAGGUGUCUCUACAGCCACUAAUAAAACUGAACUGGAUGAUGAAACCAGCACCAGGAAUAAUGACUUAGGAAACGAAGGGACUAACCCUUCAGGCACUGGCAGAGAAGAUGGACCCUCUGAGAGGUCUUCCCUCUCUCCCCCUCCCUUCCCUCCCUCCCCACGCCGGCUCUCGCCCUCCCCCACCUCCUCCGCUGAGUUCAGAGGUUAUCUGGACCAUCUGCCGGAGAUGAACCUACCAUGGCAACCUCUGCGCAGCGUGACUCGCUGUGCCUGUGGUCGAGCCUUCACCUUCCUCGUCUCUAAGUACCACUGCUGUUACUGUGGCACAGUCUCCUGUAAUGUGUGUGCAAGCAACGUCGCCCCCCUGCCCUGGCACGCCACCCAGCAACCCCACAGAGUCUGUCGCCCCUGUCAUAAACUGAUGAAACGAAGACUAGAGAUGGAGAUCAGCGAAGCUGCCUCCAACACCUAGCCAUAGUCACACACAGACACUUUCUCAAUGUGGUCUUGUGAGUGUGAAAAAACUUUCUUUGAACAAUAGUAUCACAGUAUAAUAAUGUGUCGCUACCAUAGACCUCUAGUCAGUCUCUCUGUUGAUGACACUCUUCACAAUGCCACAAGCCUCCACCAACU